CUACUUCACGGAUCCGCUUCAAAGAGGCAGCUGCAGUGGAGAAUCAUGUUAAGCUCGGCUACUGCGGAGAGCCCAAGGUAGCCCAAUGAUGGAUUUUGAUGAGCGUGGUCCCUGCUCCUCUAACAUGUAUUUGCCAAGUUGUACUUACUACGUCUCGGGUCCAGAUUUCUCCAGCCUCCCUUCUUUUCUGCCCCAGACCCCGUCUUCGCGCCCAAUGACAUACUCCUACUCCUCCAACCUGCCCCAGGUCCAACCCGUGCGCGAAGUGACCUUCAGAGAGUACGCCAUUGAGCCCGCCACUAAAUGGCACCCCCGCGGCAAUCUGGCCCACUGCUACUCCGCGGAGGAGCUCGUGCACAGAGACUGCCUACAGGCGCCCAGCGCGGCCGGCGUGCCUGGCGACGUGCUGGCCAAGAGCUCGGCCAACGUCUACCACCACCCCACCCCCGCCGUCUCGUCCAAUUUCUAUAGCACCGUGGGGAGGAACGGUGUCCUGCCACAGGCUUUCGACCAGUUUUUCGAGACGGCCUACGGCACCCCGGAAAACCUCGCCUCCUCCGACUACCCCGGGGACAAGAGCGCCGAGAAGGGACCCCCGGCGGCCACGGCGACCUCCGCGGCUGCAGCGGCGGCGGCCACGGGCGCGCCGGCAACUUCAAGUUCGGACAGCGGCGGCGGCGGCUGCCGGGAGGCGGCGGCGGCGGAGGAGAAAGAGCGGCGGCGGCGCCCCGAGAGCAGCAGCAGCCCUGAGUCGUCUUCCGGCCACACUGAGGACAAGGCCGGCGGCUCCAGUGGUCAACGCACCCGCAAAAAGCGCUGCCCCUAUACCAAGUACCAGAUCAGAGAGCUGGAGCGGGAGUUCUUUUUCAGCGUCUACAUCAACAAAGAGAAGCGCCUGCAACUGUCCCGCAUGCUCAAUCUCACUGACCGUCAAGUCAAAAUCUGGUUUCAGAACAGGAGAAUGAAGGAAAAAAAAAUUAACAGAGACCGUUUACAGUACUACUCAGCGAAUCCGCUCCUCUAAGGCUCCAGCGGCUGGAAUUGGGUGGGGGGCUUCAUACACAGGAGAUAAUAUGCAGAUUUUGUCCUUGACAAGGUCAAGCCACAUGGUGACUUUUGAAAAGAGGUGUGCAAGAGAGGGCUGCAUGGCGAUAGCCCCUCAGGAGGCGGCCUGGGACUCUCUUGGUUAAGAUCUUGGUGGUUAAGAUUCCUAGUAAUCAUUGGAUUCUGAGAGCUGUGCAUCAGCUAGAAUGACAGGUUUGGGACCCCUGGUGGUUCACUCUUGGAACCUGCAGAGCUGUGGGCUGGGUGUGGUCUCCACUCGGGACUGGGCCCCCUGCCAGGUCCCCUGGAGGCUAACCCCUCCACAUCCUCCCUCUACCGGGAGCCUAACCACCCCCAGGACCCCUGAGUCAAAAAGCUGUGUGCUCUCCAAGCCCAGUUCAGCUUGGGGACAGGGGCAGGAGGAAGAGGUAGGAUUACUAGGUGCCCAGAAUGAGGCUACUUUCCAAAGCCAGUGUGAACGGCGGCUGGACUCAGAGGUGUCUAUGAGGUAGAAGAGGGCUGCAAGGCCUUGUGGGAGAAGAAAUCUAUGAUUCAAGGUGGUGGUCGUGUCUUUCCCCUCCUCCCAGCCACCCACUACACUGAUCCAGGCUCCUAGCCACUGCCUCCUACAGCCCACCUGGUUUUCCUUUCUACCAAAUGAGGGUCUUCGUUCCAGCCUGCCACUCAGGCCCAAAGCCUCCUCGAAGAGUGGACUGUUCCCUGAGGUGGGAGACACGGAAAAGCCAAGAGGCUGCGGCCAGACCACUGGCCCCUGAGAUCUUCGCAGGAAAUGGCUGUGGAGUGCGGCAGUUUGGCAAAGUCUCCACCACACUUAAUGAAGCUUGGAUUUGCUCAGUGUCUGGCUGCGGAGCAGCAGGCCUGGCCAGCCGGUCCCCAGCUUUGGCUAUGAGGGCCUUGAGUCCCCCAAAACACCGGGUUCCAGCACCACACUCUGCCCUCAUUGGCUCCGGAACUGAGCUUGGAAGCUUCCGGUGACCCUCCAAGAGCCAGAGAGUGAGGUGGAAUUAUUUUAAAAGAUAAAUGUUAUAUUAUAUAUAUAUUUCCCUGAAGGAACCAAAGCGAAUUUUAAAAGAUGCAAUGUAGAGGGGAAAAAAGAUGAUGAAAAUAUUUAAAGGCUCUAUCUGUUUACAGUGUUCCAUGGUUAAACUCGCUCACUGCUAAGAAUAUUUGAAUGUAUGCUUCAUACAGGGAUGGUGUUCAAAAACUUGUAAAUAAAGGAACCAUAACCAAU